CUGCCCGGGCGGAGUGGGCGCUGCGUCCAGCGGCCAUAGCCGCGUCUUCUCACGGCUCUGCCACCAGCCGGGGCUCGGGCUGGAGCCCGGGCCCCCGGGACAUGGCCCUCCGGAGCGCGCAGGGUGACGGCCCCAUCUCCAGCCGCUGGGACGGCGGCGCCGAGAAGGCAGACUUUAACACCAAAAAGAAAAAGAAAGUGGCAGAGAUCUACCAGGCUCUGAACAGUGAUCCCAUCGAUGUGGCCGCCCUUCGACGCAUGGCUAUCAGUGAAGGCGGACUGCUGACUGAUGAGAUCAGGCGAAAAGUGUGGCCCAGGCUCCUCAACGUCAACACCAGUGACCCACCUCCUCUAUUAGGGAAAGACCUACGGCAGAUGAGCAAGGACUACCAACAAGUGCUGCUGGAUGUCAGGCGAUCUCUGCGGCGGUUCCCUCCUGGCAUGCCCGACGAGCAGAGGGAGGGGCUCCAGGAGGAACUCAUCGACAUCAUCCUGCUCGUCUUGGAGCGCAACCCCCAGCUGCACUACUACCAGGGCUACCAUGACAUCGUGGUCACGUUUCUGCUGGUGGUAGGCGAGAAGCUCACCACGUCCCUGGUAGAAAAAUUGUCUACCCACCACCUCAGGGAUUUCAUGGAGCCCACAAUGGACAACACUCGGCAUAUCUUAAACUAUCUGAUGCCCAUCAUUGACCAGGUGAAUCCAGAACUCCAUGAUUUCAUGCAGAGUGCUGAGGUGGGGACUAUCUUUGCCCUCAGCUGGCUCAUCACCUGGUUCGGCCACGUCCUGUCUGACUUCAGGCACGUUGUGCGGUUGUACGACUUCUUCCUGGCCUGCCACCCGCUGAUGCCCAUUUACUUUGCAGCUGUGAUCGUGCUGUAUCGGGAGCAGGAAGUCCUGGACUGUGACUGUGACAUGGCCUCUGUCCACCACCUGUUGUCCCAGAUCCCUCAGGACCUGCCCUAUGAGACGCUGAUCAGUAGAGCAGGAGACCUCUUUGUUCAGUUUCCUCCUUCCGAGCUCGCCCGGGAGGCAGCCGCCCAGCAGGAGGCCACGAGAACGGCAGCCUCUACCUUCAAAGACUUUGAGCUGGCAUCCGCCCAGCAGAGGCCGGAUAUGGUGCUGCGGCAACGGUUUCGGGAGCUCCUGCGGCCUGAGGAGCGAACAAAAGACGUCCUGACCAAACCGAGGACCAACCGCUUUGUGAAGCUGGCAGUGAUGGGGCUGACGGUGGCGCUGGGGGCGGCUGCGCUGGCUGUGGUGAAAAGUGCCCUGGAGUGGGCCCCCAAGUUCCAGCUGCAGCUGUUUCCGUGAAGGCUGGACAGACACUUCCUGUCACUCCACUGAGGUCUCACCCUUCCGUGGAAGGACUGGGAGGGGUAGAAUUUCCUUUAUUAAAAGGGUUUCUGUCAAGGGUUUUCUAUUCUGCCCCCUCCCUGCCUGUCGGGGUUCACCGUGGCUUCAGAGGCUGCUAGAAGAGCCCGCCGGCCCAGCCACCACCGAGGGCACUGGGGCCUGGCCACAGGCCUCUGUUGCCUCCCCUGGACUGGGACAUGCUGUGUGCUUCAGACUCACGGGAAGCAGCUGCCGCUGCCGGAGAAGACGGGCCUUGGAAAGCAGCAGGCGUGCGUGGGCCGCUGGGCACCGGCUGGGGAGCAGCUCCGGCAGCUGGGCGAGAGUCGGGAGGCAGGGGAGCUGGGUGGCCAGCUGAGUCCUUGUCCAACCCAGAAGUCGCGAGUAUUUCUGGCCAGGUGGGAGGGAAUGGUCAUUUUUUAAGCCCUAGACCUAGAUUGGUUUUAACUGCCCUUUUCUCCCUGUCCCCUUCUGCGAUCCACACAUCACUCACAAGACAUUUUUUAUCACUAUUUUUAGAAUUCCAUACCCCCAUGUCAGGUGCCCCUACUUGACAGCAGCCAUCGCUUUGUUAGAAGGACGAGCUGUCCUGGAGGUGGCGCUCGGCUCGGCAGCUGGCAUCGCCAGAGCCAUGCUCGGUGAGAGCAGGGCCCGCCACAGCCGGCCCUGAUGUGCUGCCUGCCAACCUGCGCCCUGCUCCACACAGGCACCUGCCGUCUCUCCCAUGUGGUUGGAAAUGUCCUUGAAACUUGCCAGCCCCCAGAAUGGGGCAGACUGUGGCUGAAGAGCUUCGCAGGGGCCCGACAGCAGCCUUGGCUUCCAGGGACUCUCCAGGCCCCAGGGAACCAGGGGACCACUCAGUCCUGGGAGCCAGGUGUGGGUUAGAUUAACCGGCUUGAAGAAGUGCCUUUUGAUGUGGUUAGAAGCAGCCUUUUCCUUAUUUUCCUGGGCAGGUGUCUUCCUAAAGGUGAACGUGCAGAAGCACUCUCCCUACACAGGCAGAGCCCCCUCUCUGCAUGCUGGCACGCCAGGCUGCCGCUGUGCCCACAGCUCUUGGGAGAGGGUCUACACCGAGCUCCACGAAGCCCCCUCCCCUUUUAAGGUUUAUUUAUUAUUUUGAAAGUUACAGAGGGAGAGAGCGAGAUCUUGCAUCUGCUAGUUCACUCCCCAGAUGGCUGCAAUUGCCUGGUGCUGGGCUAGGCAGGGUGAAGCCAAGAGCAAGGAGCUUCAUCCGGGUCUCCUGUGGGGUGGCAGGGGCCCAGACAGCUGGGCCAUCUUCCACUGCUUUCCUAGGCAUGUUAGCAGGGAGCUGGGUGAGAAGUGGAGCAGCCGGACACGAAUAGGCCAUCCAUAUGGGGUGUGGCGCGGUAGGCUGAGUUUAACCUGCUGUGCCACACGGCCAGCCCCUCCCUGAAGCACUUUAAAGCCAACGAAGAGCUCAGUGAUGGAUGUUCUCCGUGGCAGGAGCCCCACCUGGGGGAAGUGUGCUGUCCACGGGCUAAUGCAGGAAGAGGUGGAUUCAGGAAGGCGGGAAGUUCGCCCAGGAGCCAGCAGUGGGGUGGGCACGUAGCUGCGGUCAGCUCCCUCGGCAGAGCUGACCUCUUGUUGUCUACAAAUGGGCGGCAGACUCUGCCCCUCCCGCCGCCAACACUCACGCCUGUUUGUAAAUCCUGAAGGACCUGGUGGGGAACAGGAGAGGAGCUGCACACGUGUGUGGGACCAGGGUCCUGGGGCCACGGCUUUUUUAAUUCCGGGAAAUAAGUGGCAUUUGCUUGUGUUGUGGCCAGAGAAGGAAACGAGUGGCUUGUUCUAUGACAUUGAGCAGACUGCAUUACCUGUUUGCCUUCGGUCGGUUUGCCUACUCUGUAAAGAACACGUGUAAAUAUUUUGUACAGAGCCCUCUAUGAAAUAAAGAGCCAUAUGUGGUUGCUAA